AUGGGCACUCCACCCCACAGAAAUUUAGGAGUUAACACAAUCCAGGAAGAAACCACUCUACUGAAAAAGGAUCCAAAGCAUGUGUUAGAGCUGAGUAUAGGACAGAGGGUCCAAGGUCUUCCAGAAAAAAGGAUAAGGCUGCAAAAGCCACAAGUAACCAAUGUGGAACUGACACCCAAGGCACCGUGUUCAGCCUCAGACAGCAUAAAGGUCACGCCAUUGGCGUUGCUUCAGGUCAUGGACUCCAUGGGAAUGAUCCCAGAAUCACACUCCGAGGUGAUAGAGUCUGUGGGACUUUCCCCACAGCCACCAAAACAAGUGGAAACAGUUCAGGUCAGAGACUCCAUGAGCAUGAUGCCACAACAUCAAGGCACAGGGUACGUGUCAUCAACCCCAGGACCGCCUCAUCAGGGCAUGGAACCUUCAAAGUUCACCCUACAGCACCAAGACUUAGACUAUACAGAGGAGUUACAAGGAGAUAGAAAGAUAAUGGAGUUGACCCCAAGACCAUCACUUGAAGAUACAGAAUCUGUGAACUUGGCCCCAAAACCACAUUCACAAAACACCACCUCUGAUAAAAGAAUCCACGUCCUGGUCCUGGAAGAUAUGAAGACUCCAUUGGUAGAAGGUGGGAGUUUAAUUCCUGAGGACCUGGUGGAAAGUAUGAAAGUUUGUGAAUCUAUCCCAAGCAUACAACUUGAUGCAGUAAAAUCUCCAGAAGUGAGCCCUGACUCCAGCCAUCACUUCCUAGAAUCUGAAGGGCUCAUCCUACAGCAGCAAGCCUCAGAAGCAAGAGUGACCUCUGAUACUUGUCAUCAGGUGGAAGAAUCUGUUGAGUUGAUACAAUCAUCACCACCAAUGACUCCAGCACCAUUGAGCCAAACCUCAGAAUCUAUGGAGAUGAGCUUACCACCGCUCCAAGAAACUAGGACUCUUGAAACUAGGACCAACGUUGUAAAAGGGAUAGAAGAGACCCUAGAAUCACAAAACACGAUUAAAGAUAGUCUGGAUUUGCUACCAGAAUCAGAAGUGCCAAAUAAAAACUCAGAAGUGAUGGCCCCAGAGCCACAGCCCCCAGAUGUGAAGUUGGCUCAUGUGACUCUAGAAUCUUGUCCAGAAGUUACUAACCCAUUAGAUGUGACUCUGAGAUCAGAAUAUGAAGACACAGAAAGUGUCGGAUUGACUUUGCCUAAAGUCAAUGAUAACCAGGGGAACAUUGUAGAAGCAUAUUCAGAAGUGGUAUCUCUGGAGCUGAGUCUAGAAUCAGGAGUGCGAUGUAAGGAAUCAGAGUCAUUUGCAAAAAAUUUGAAAUCUCCAGAAUUAAUCUCUGAAUCAUCUGAACUACUUGUAGAAUCUAUGGAAUUAACUGUAGGACCCAAACCACAGGUUGAAGAUGUGACCGUGGGGCCAGAGCUCCACAAAGGAAUGUCUAGGCAAAUGGAUACAGAAUCACACUUGCAAGAUGAACAAUCUGUGAAUUUAAUACAACAGCCAUCUGUAGGAGUGGUAGAUCCUGAAAAGACAAAACCAGAGCCCGGGCUACAGAGUUUAUCACCAAAGGAAUCGAUCGAGGGGACACAGCUUCCAAACAUGAAAUCCGUGGAUUUCAAUCUAGGCCCACAACAGCCCAUUGCCAAGUCAGGAUUGAUUCCAGGGCCACAACUGCAAAGUGUCAGACUUCCAAAGUUAUAUCAAGGGGGGCUACUUCUUCAAGAGGGAAAGCCUGCAAAUUUAGUCUCAAAUUAUGGUGUGAAAUCUGAUGAAGUGAUAUCAUGUUCCCCUGUGCCAGAAGUCAGGUCAUCAGAUUUUAUUCCAGGGCCAAAGGUCCCAGAACCACAACCACAACACAUGACACCUCUGGACAUAAACCUAGGGCCGAGCUUGCAGGAUGUGAAAUUUUCUGAUCUAAUCCCACAGCCUGAGCACCAUGGUUUCAGAUAUGUACAGUUUAUACCAGGGAUUCAGCCUCAGGAGGGGAAAUCUCAGGGAUUUAUGCCAGAAUCACUUUUGCCAUUAAGUGAAGAGCCUCCACUUAAAGAUAUGAAGCUUGCUCUGCCUACAGAAGAAUCUGCGCUUCACAGCAUGAAAUCUGCAACACAACCCUCUGAAUUACAGUGUCCAACUGUGGUAUCUGAGCGGGUAAGCCCAGGACUGUGGCAACAAGAUAACAAAAUUUCUGAGUUGGCUUCAAGGCCAAAACUUCAAGCGGUCAAAUUUGGGGAGCAAACCCCAGGAUCAGUGUUUGGUAGUAUAAGUGCUAGGACUCCAGAAUUUGGGAUACAUGAUCCCAAACUAGCAAAGAUGACUCCAGGGUUACAAGAUACGAGGCAGGUGAGUUUUAACUCAGGGCCAUGGCUGCAAGAUGUCAAAUUUUUUGAUGUGAUACCAGGAACUCAACCUCAAGGUAUGAAAACUUCAGAGGUAAACUCAGGGCCACAGUUAGAAUGUGUAAAAAUGUUUGAGUUGACCACACAGCCAGAAAGACAAGAGAUGAAGUCAAAGUUGGUAGUGCAAGAGCCACUGUUUCAAGAUGUAAAAUAUGUCACAGAGAAUCAAGUACCAAGCUUUAAAGACAAAAUGCUUAAUAAAAUGUCAUCUGAGCCACAGAUAUCAAAUGCAGAAUCAAUGAAAUUGACUCCUGGGAUACACUUAGCGCACACAGACCAUUCUAAGUUAAUCAGAGGACCAAAGGCCCAAACUAUAGAAUCUUCUGAAAUUAUCCAAGGACAGCAUUUUGGAUAUAUAAAACCUGUGGAAAAGAUCACAGUCUCAAAGCAUGUAGAGCUGACAUCUCCGGAAUUACCAUUAGGGCUACAGUUGGGAGAAAUGAAACCUAUGGAGUUAAGGGCAAGGUCAGAGCUGGGACAAGUCGAAGUUAUUCCGUCAACCCCAGGAAUGCAAGCAGGAGAUAGGAAACAUGAACCUUUGCCAAGUACGAACCCUUGUCAGUUGGCUGCAGCAUCACAGAUAGGCCAAUUGAAAGCCUCAGAGUCAACACUGGAGCCACAGCUUCAAGGUGUUAAAACUAUGCCACUAAAUACGGAACCACAAAUUGGAAGCACAAAGUCUAUUCAAUGGAUACCAAUAUCUGAGUUUCAAGGCCCGAAAGGCACAGCACCAAACUUCAGGUCAAAGUUUGCCAGACCUACACAACUGAAGCUGCCUAUGCAACGGAGAGGUGUGAGGCCAUCUGAAUUGGGUGCCAGGUCAAACACUAGGGGAGAAAAAUGUGUUGCAUUUCAUCUUGAGCCACAGUUGCGGGGAGUAAAAACCUCUCCACCAACAAUAGGGCUGCAGAAAUCAAAAACUUCUACCUUAACUCCAGAGCCCCAGGUUCAAGGUAGCAAAGCCUUGAAGCUAAAUGAAGAGCCACAGGUUGAAGGUGUACGGUCUGUUCAGUGGAUACCUGGACCCGAGUUCCACAGUGUGAAGUUUUUAGGAUUAAAUCGUGGAUCACCGUAUCAAGGUGCCAAAUCUGCAGAAAGGAAAGCAUCCGCACUGUUGGAAAGUGGGAAGGCAUCUGAAGUGACUGUGGGGUCAAAACCUCAAGGGAGAAAAUCUGUUGAUUUUGACCUCGGGUCACAUGAACAGAAUGUGGUGAAGAGCCCUGAGUUGUCUCCAGGACCAGAGCAACAAAAAGGGGAAGGCUAUACAUCAACUUCCAAGCCCCAGCUUCAAAGUAUCAAAACUGUGGAGCUGAAGGAAGAGCCACAGGUCGAGGGUGUACGGUCUGUUCAGUGGAUACCCGGACCUGAGUUCCAUGGUGUGAAGUUUUUAGGAUUAAAUCGUGGGUUACCAUCUCAAGGCACCAAAUCUACAGAACGGAUACCAUCCAUACUGCUGGGAGGUGGGAAGCCAACUGAACUGACUGUGGGGUCAAAACUUGAAGGGAAAAAACCUGUGGAUUUUAACCUAGGACUAGAGCUACGAAAAGGAGGCAAGUGUGCAUCAAUUUCAGAGCUACAGUCUCGGGGUGUGAAAACUGUGCCGUUGCACCAUGGGCCACAGCUUGAAAAUACAAAAUCUAUUCAGUGGAUUCCAGUGUCUGACUUCCAAGUUAAGAAAUCUAUGCCAAAUCUUGGGUUACAAUCCAAAGACAUCACAGCCAAAGAGUUAAAACCCUCAAUGCAACUAAGAGAUGUGAAGACACCUGAUGAAUUGAUUACAAGGCCCAAGAUAAAAGGUAAACAACCUUCCGUGUCAGCUCAGGAAUAUUCAUCUCACAGGUUCAAAACUAUUGAUUUUAAACCCGAGCUACAGUUUAGAGAUAUGAAAGCAUAUGACCCAGCCUUAAGGUCAAAGGUCAGUGAUAUAAAUUCAAUGACAUUUAAACCUGGGUUUUAUUUAGAAGAUAAGAACUCUGCUAAAUUGACCCCUGCAAUAGUGAAAUCCUUAGAGUCACACCCAGGAACACAGCCUCAAGAUGAACAAAAGUUCAAGAUAUCAACUCUGAUCCACAACUUCAAGUUUAUCAAGAUGCAGGAUCCUCAGAAAUGA